AUGAACACGAAUUACUCGGCGCUCCCAUUGACCUCCCCCUCCAUCGAGCUCCAAGCCAAAUCUAACGCCGCCGCCAAUGGCAUCGUCAACGGCCACGCUAAGAUCUCCAAGCAAGAUUCGUUCUUGGGCGAGGUGGAGGACGGAGUCGGCGGCGGCGGGGAGCACGACGAGCUGCCGCUGAUCGGCGACGGCCCCGCCGGGCCGCCAGAGGGGUCCGGCGUGCCCGCCGCCGUGUUCAACCUCGCAACCUCCAUCAUCGGGGCCGGCAUUAUGGCGCUCCCGGCCACCAUGAAGGUGCUCGGAGUCGCCGCUGGGUUCGUCUCGAUCCUGGUCAUGGGGGUCCUGUCCGAGAUCACUGUCGAGCUGCUCGUGAGGUUCUCGGCCUACUGUCGCGCGCUGUCGUACGGCGAGGUCGUGCACAGGGCGAUGGGCCGCCCGGCGAGCGUCGUGGCGCAGAUGUGCGUCAUCAUCAACAACGCAGGAGUCCUGGUGGUGUAUCUGAUUAUCAUUGGAGACGUGAUGUCAGGAUCACUGAAGCACAUCGGCGUCAUGGAUCAGCUGAUUGGCCAUGGCGAGUGGGAUAACCGGAAGCUGCUGAUCUUGGUGGUUCUUGUCAUCUUCCUUGCGCCAUUGUGUGCGCUUGAGAAGAUUGACUCACUGAGCUUGUCAUCUGCUGCGUCAGUUGCCCUUGCUGUUGUGUUUGUGGUUGUGUCCUGCAUCAUUGCUUUGAUCAAAAUCGCCGAGGGCAAGAUCAGUAUGCCGAGGAUGGGGCCAGAUUUCAGCUCCCGAGCAGCAAUGCUAGACCUGCUCGUCGUGAUACCCAUCAUGACUAAUGCCUUCAUCUGUCAUUUCAAUGUCCAGCCAAUCUACAAUGAACUCAAGGAGAAGACGCCGCAGAACAUGUACAAGGUUGGGAGGAUCAGCACUGUGCUAUGUGUAGUGGUGUAUGCCCUGACUGCCCUCUCAGGGUAUCUCUUGUUCGGUGAGGACACCGAGUCCGAUGUGCUCACCAACUUCGACAAGGAUCUCGGGAUCAGAUUCAGCUCUUUGCUCAACUACAUUGUCAGGAUUGGGUAUGUCAUCCACCUGGUCCUCGUCUUCCCAGUUGUCCACUUCUCGCUCAGGCAGACAGUGGACACACUGAUCUUCGGGGAGCUGGCGACCCCUAGCAGGAAGAAAACACUCACAUUGACAGUGGUGCUUCUAGCUCUCAUCUACCUUGGCUCGACAAUGAUACCCAACAUCUGGAUGGCCUUCAAGUUCACCGGAGCUACGACAGGGUUGGCUUUGGGUUUCAUGUUCCCAGCCCUGGUGGCAUUGAGGCUGGACAAGGAAGGGAGUCUCUUGGGACAUGGGGAGAGGCUCCUGUCACUUGGGUUGCUGGGGCUAUCAAUAGUUGUUAGUGUCAUUGGAGUCGUUGGAAAUGUAUACACCUUGAAGAGUAAGUCUGAAUGA